AUGCCAUUACUCAAAUCAGGAGAGAAAAGAUAUUAUCUCGGUAUAUUCUUUAAGGCAAAUUGGUACAGAGCUGCACAGUAUUGUAGAUAUCACGGCAUGCAUUUGGCCAGCAUAGGAAGUCAAGAAGAAAAUGACAGAUUGGAAAAACACAUAAGAGAUUAUGGUCUUGGUAACGAACAUUUUUGGACAUCAGGAACGGAUCAAGCAGAAGAAGGAUCAUUUUUUUGGAUGUCAACCGGACGUCCGGUCACUUUUACAAACUGGAACACGGGAGAACCAAAUAAUUUCAGAUAUGAAAAUGGAGAAGAAGAACAUUGUCUGGAACUUUGGAACAGAGAUGGUAAAGGUUUAAAAUGGAACGAUACGCCAUGUUCUUUUGAAACUUUUUUCAUAUGUGAAGUUUAG